AGAUACAUCUACGUGUGUCACGCGCCCAUGGCACGUACAUGGUGCACCAUGCCACGCGUCAAACGAUCAACAAUCUACAUCGCCCUCGCCGCUUUCCUGCAUCAGCUGACACGGUUUUUCGAUCGCACCUACUUCCCGGUCACCAUCGAAUGGAACGGCCAGCAAACGGAGGUGUGCCAUGUGGAAACCUCCGAUUGGGUAUACAAUUAUGUUGGCGAAGACCUCUACUUUUCCAUAUAUUUUCUAUUUCGCGUAGUAUUCGUGCACGUGGUACCGUGCAUCUUACUCGUCACGCUGAAUGUGCUGCUCUGGCAAGCCAUGGAAGAAGCAAAGGAACGACGCAAAGCGCUCUUCCGCGAUAAUAAGAAAGUAGAGAGCCGCAAGGUGCGCGACAGCAACUGCACCACAUACAUGCUGAUUACGGUGGUCUCGGUCUUUCUAGCUGUUGAAAUACCCAUAGCAGUGGUGACGGUACUGCACAUCUUCUCCUCGUUAAUGGGCGAAUUUUUGAAUUAUCGCAUGGCCAAUAUAUCCAUAAUGUUUACGAACUUCUUCCUCGUUGUUAGCUAUCCGAUCAACUUCGGCAUCUACUGCGGCAUGUCGCGGCAAUUUCGUGAAACCUUCAAAGAUAUAUUUUUCGGUCGCUUUCUCACCAAAAAAGAUGCUUCAUCGAAAUACUCCAUUGUUAAUGGACCACGCACCUGCACCAACACUAAUGAGACUGUGCUCUAGUAAAUGGUGAUGUGGGUACCGUUUCGCGGCGCCGCUGCUGGUGGCGCGAGCAAAUGGCGAAAUGGUGCGAUGGCCGCUAAGGUGGCGAAUAAAACGCGACGGCGUAGCGAAUACAAAACGAACGUUGAUAUUAUAGCCGAAGAGUCGGUUGUGGUGGUGGUGGCCGCACAAGAGGUGGCACGGAAUGAGGUUAGAGUGCUAAAUGAGGACGGCGAGCGCGCCAAAGUUUCGGUAUAACUGCACAUAAGGGUUAUUAGUGGCGGAAAUACAUACAUACAUAGGUAUUCAAAAUAUAUUUUUACACAGUAUAAUUGGGAGAAAUUGAAAUAAAUUAAUAAGCAAAGUGUUAUUAAGCUGAUUUAAAUGCAAAAAUAUUGUGAAAACAUAAAAUUAUUUGUACAUACUUACUGGCGUAUAUUAAGUAAAUGCUAAGCUCGAAAUUAGUUAAUCGAUGUCUGCUAAGCACUUUCCGUUAUAAGUUUCUCAUUGUUAUAUCUGUGGAGCACUUUAGUAUGUUUAAGCUGCCAAGCCAAAUGUAAAUACAAUUCCCACACGCAAUAUACCUUUCGUUAGCUCAAGGCUUAAUUUAAUGGAAAGCCUUAAACCACAGCAGCACAAUGCCAGCUACUUGUGUACAUAGCAACCUGAGCACACUCCUUAAA